UGACGUCAUUACAGCGUACUUUCUUAUUUGCAGAACGGUUAUUUUGGCGUUGUACGCGUCUUACAAUACCAUGCUGGAAAAAAGGAUAGCAGUGGGGUAUAUUUUCAUUUCACUUUCAAUGAAUUUGAAUAGUUUUUGUUUCGAUUUAUCAUCAAUACCUCAAGACAUUUUACCUGUGUACCAACACCGAUCAGAACGUGCAAUCUCAUCGCUCGACAUACUGAAGAACAAGGGGACCUGGCAAUUCUCCAAGCAAGAAAUAAAAGAUGUUUUCGAAAAAUAUUAUAGCUGCAUAAGAGAAGCCAACCUAUCAGAAAACCGCAUUCAUGAUCCGCUAGUCGCCAUUUUGGCUCUGGAAGGACAACGAGUCGAGUUGAAGUGUCCCGUUUGCCAGAGACCCGAUCAAGAGCCGAAGAAGUUCCAAAUGUUCUGGCAGCGCAUGCGCGUAGUGGAUUCUUCGACGUCACACAUUGCACCAGAGACACGCAACAUGAAUAUUCUGAACGAUAUGACGCUCGUCAUAAAGCACAUAGACGUCGACGAUGCGGGUCAGUAUUUCUGCAUACAUCAGGGCGACCCGCUGGUGAUCUACCAGGUGGACGUGCUCUUCCGGGAGCCACAACUCACCGUCUUCGAGAACGAAACGAGCCGCCUGCAGCCGCCAAGGCAACUACUGGAUCACAAUAUAAAGGUGUACAGUCAUUGGUCUGAGUGGGGGGAGUGUGACCAGUGUGGCAAAGAUGGCCGCCGCGUGAAGUUUGGCACGUGCAUGGCACAGAAGAUCGACAAAAGAGAUCCUAUUCUUCCAGUCGAUGUCCCAAUCAUCACCCAAUAUCCGCAUGGAGUGCCUUGCAGGUCUACCGUGUUUCCUCGACCAGUGGCCAAUAUUCCUGGCAUGAAGGACCGCCGCAGUGAGCUCAUCGAGGGUUCCUGCAACGUGGGUUGCCCGACCACCCCACCGCCGUUACAAAUAACCGACAGGAACGGAAAAGUCAUAGAAGUAAUAGGAGGCGGCUAUCACCCACUUGGAAGGAAACCGGAACUUCCAAGAAUGGUUGUUCGGAGGGUCCGCUAUGUCGCAGAGGACUCGAAAGAAACGCUCGCGUGCCCUGUUCGCACGAAAGAGAGGUCAAAGGUACGGUGGCUGCGUGGUGAGCGCGUCAUUAACGCGCGCGAUAUUGGUCGAAUAACAAAAGGCCGGGUAAGGAUCGACCGCUUAAACAGACUAACAAUAUUCAGAAUCCGGAAACUCGACAGCGCCCCCUACAGUUGCUGGGUGUGGCAGAAGCACAUUGCUACGUUCAAGGUGCUGGUGUUUAAGGGUAUGGACGAGAACCUGAAGAACUACAUCACAUACGGCGGCCUAUGCCUCACUGUGGUGUCCGUAGUGCUGUUCUGCGUGUGUAAAGUUUGCUUCGGAAGAUCACGGCGACACAAACUCUAAAGACGCGUAUUGUGUUUGUGAUUGUCUCAACAUUAAACAUUUGUCAUGGGCUGAAGAUGUUCGUUCAACAAGAGACGAAUUCUUUUCUGUAUACUUAGAUACAAGAAUAAAAUCAUUGAAUGGCUA